GUUAAGACGGAACCAUUCUGCCAAGUCAAGCAAAAAAUAUGUCUUCAAGUCUUUAAGCCAGCCCAGUUGAUAUAAGCAAUUCUGAAGGCACGUGAAACAAUGACAUAGUCACAGCUAGCUAACCAUGUGCAUUCGUAUGUCUACAUAGGGUGAAUGGGUGAGUUUGAGACAAAUCAGCCACUCAAUUUGUUCAUGUGUGAAACUCAGCGAGAGUGAGAUUGUCUCAGAGAGGGCCAGCAAGCCAGAAUAGAUGGGUCUCUCAAGUGCUAUGCAAUGGUGGGAGGAGUGGCAGCUGCGCAUCCUCGUCCUCGCCAGCCUCUUGAUUCAGUACAUCCUUUACUCCUCUGUAUGGGUGCGUAGGUCUGCUACUGUACGCAGGUUGAGAAUGCUGGUGUGGAUCGCGUACAUAUUAGGCGAUGCCGUGGCGAUCUAUGCCCUCGCCACUCUCUUCAACCGCACGAAGAAGACUUGGGAUGGCGAGAGUAGCGCUCUAGAGGUCCUAUGGGCACCUGUCCUCCUUAUCCACCUCGGUGGCCAGCCAUGGAUAAGUGCCUACAGCCUCGAAGACAACGAGCUAUGGAAACGGCAUACCAUAACCUUGGUGUCUCAGGUCACGGUUGCCCUGUACAUCUUCUGCAAGUGGUGGUCCGGUGAGAAGAGCCUGCUGGCGUCAGCAAUCUUGCUCUUCCUUGUUGGCAUCCUCAAAUUCGCACACAAGCCAUGGGCGCUCAGGACCGCCAGCUUUAGCAGCAUGCAGAUCUCCAGUACUAUGGACCUGCUGGUAGCGGAACAAAGUGAAGGGAACACAUACUCGCUUGAAGAGUAUGUACAAGCAGCAAAGAAGUGUGUACUGGAAACAAAGGUACACCGUCCGAGUGAUUUUUCUGAAAUCCUGAGCUCUUGUAUGUUUGCUGACCAGUCUGCUCCUUACUCUGUUCGGUUUAAAGAGCUGUCAUGUUUCAUGCGUCUUGAGUAUAAGAAUUCAUACAGUCAACUGCAGGACUGCCUCGGAAGUGCAUUUGAUUUCCUGUACACCAGAAUAGGAUCAAUUCUUACACUUCUCGGCAUGGGCUUAGCAUUGUUGCUUCCCUUCUUGACCUUAGCUUCUAUGGUGCUCUUUGCCACGAGCCACAAGGAUGGUCACAAUAAGAAGGACAUCACAGUGACAUACAUCCUAUUCGGUUGCACUGCUAUGCAAGAGUUGUUAUUUCCCUGCUACAUAAUCAGCGCGUUUAUUCCAUGUUUUCGAAGUUUCAUAGAAAAGCAUACUGAUGGGUGGCACAACAUGGUUUCUCAGCACAACCUCAUCUCCUUCUGUGUCCGCAAGAAGAAGCCCACAUUCCUUAUGAAGCUUGCUACCUUCAAGUUCCUAAGGGAGUUUAUUAACCAACAUUGGUAUAUUCGUCACGUACCUAUAGCUUUCCAGAUCUCUGGGGUGGUUUGCCAGCACUUGAAACAUGGUUGGAAGAAGUAUAUAUGUGAUGCUGCAAGUUACAGGAGAUUCAAUGAGCUCCGGGGCCAGUGGGCUCUAAGGAGGCACCAUCAACUAGGUUGGAGCUUGAAGAAGCCUUUCGACGACAGCGUCCUCAUCUGGCACAUUGCCACAGAUCUCUGCUUUUAUCACCCCAACACAUCCCCACAAUGUCGACAAGGAGAAGGCCCUGAACGCAGUAGGGAGAUAUCCAACUAUAUGGUCUACAUGCUUCUCAUCCGUCCUGAGAUGCUAAUGCCUGGCACCAAAUCAUAUCUCUUCACCUCGGCCAGCGACAAAAUUGUGGGAAAUAGCAAAGGACCGCUCGACACAGAAGAAAUGAUUGCGCAUGAGAUUCUUAACAUGCCGAUGCUGCUCACCGCAACUGAUUUGGUUUCCAAUGCAUCUAAGCUCGCCAAAGCAUUAAUGGAGUUGAGAGACGAUAAGGAGAGGUGGAGUGUGAUCCAAGGUGUGUGGGUGGAGAUGCUCUGCUAUUCUGCGAGCAGAUGCAGGGGCUACCUGCAUGCUAAGAGCCUAGGUGAAGGCGGGGAGUGUCUUACCACUAUCUGUCUACUCUUGUCGAUGAUGGGGAUGGAGACCUUGGCAGACAGGCAUCAGAGGUCAGAGCCUCCACAAGAGGAAGGACGAGAAGGAGACGUAGAAGAUCAAGGAAAAGAAGCAGUAAAAGAAGAAGAAGAACCAUGCACUUCCCAUGCCCAAGCCGAAGCGUGUCAAUCUGCAGAAGACUACAGCCCCGUCUGAGGGAUAGAGUCUGUGCAAAUUGAUUAUCUGAAGUUUGGUUCGUUUACCCAUAUAAUGUUGCUUCCUUUGCAUCAUUUCUCAAUUAAUUGCUUAGAUUAGGUGGUGUGUUUUAACCAUUUGUUGCUUGUG